AGGAAGAAAGUUUAAAAUGUACGACACUCACUCAUUUUCACUCACAGAUCGAGGUAAGCUGGUGGACAGGAAUCAUGUUCGGCUUUAAACUCUCUGUCCUGCUCUUCGCUGUGUGUUCGCUGAGCAAAUGCAGCGGUAGGUUUAUAAACUCCUGCAAGUAUCCUCCUUCACAAUGGUGCGACACUAAAGACAUUGCAGCUGAAUGUGGGGUGCUGGAACAAUGCAUGAAGUUUAACCUAACCAAGUCCAACGCUGACAAUGUCAAUGUGAGCCUGUACUAUGAGUCUCUGUGUCCUGGAUGCAGAGAGUUCCUUGCAUUGCAGCUGGUCCCAACCUUAAUUAUGCUGCAGGACAUUAUGAGUGUGGAACUGGUUCCAUAUGGAAAUGCACAGGAAUCAGAAAGUCAAGGGAAGUACACUUUCACUUGUCAGCAUGGAGAGAAUGAAUGUCUAGGUAACAUGAUUGAGACCUGCCUGCUGAAUAAAUUUGGACUGGAGGCUAUUACAGUCAUUUUCUGCAUGGAGUCGGGAGCAGAUGUGCUGAAAGCUGCCCAGCCUUGUCUUGGAGUCUAUUAUCCUGAUACACCAUGGGAUUCAGUCAUGAAGUGUGCGACGGGAGAUGAGGGGAAUAAACUAAUGCAUCAAAAUGCUCUGAAAACAAAUGCUCUGAAACCCCCUCAUCAGUAUGUGCCUUGGAUAACUAUUAAUGGAGAACACACUGAAGAUCUUCAGAAUAAAGCGCUGAAUUCUCUCUUCAGUCUUGUGUGCAGCUUGUACAAGGGUGACAAACCACCUGCUUGUGUUCAAGGGUUGAAGAAGGAAGCCAACAAUUACUGCAUGAAGUAAUCAGCCACUGUGAUAAGAGCACUACUCAUGUCAAGACAAUAAGUGAAUACAUGCUGGAAUAUAUUUUAAAUUUUAUUUUAACAUUUUUUGUUGUUCUUUAUGUUUGUAUGUACACGAAAGCCUCAUUUUGAACACGGGUUUCUGCUGCAAACUACAAUUUCACUGACAACCAUAUUUUAUAGUCUCAUUUCAAACUGUUUUGUUUACAUUAAAAUCAAACUUCCAUUA